AUGUUGCCACCCAGCGACAGCGACGAAGAUGACGAGGAUGAGGCGCCUGCGCCUAAGAAGGGAGGACAGCCUUCUACAGCCGGCAUGCUGCCUCCUAGUGACAGUGAUUCCGAUGAGGACUCUGAAGAGGAGCCUCCACCAAAGCCCAAAAAGGAGCUCCAACCUGCUGUCGCCGACGCCCCUAAACCGAAAAAGGAGGAGGAAGAGGUCGACCCGGAGCAGGCCAGGAAGGACUUGGAGCGCUUAGAGCUCAUCAGACAGCGGAGGGAGGAUUCCCGUCUGCAGAGGAUCAAGGAUGAGGGCUGGGACCGUUUCGCCCCAGAGAGCGAUACCAACCGCAGGCCGGACGGCGUGCCCAAGGACCACCCGAGUAGGGCAGGCCUCGCCGAAUAG